AAAUGGUGGGGAUUUUGACAGAUGCUCGUCCUUGUCUUCGUUGAAAUGGUUAAAAUGGUGUUAAAACAUGUCUGUUAAAGGUUUAUUUAUGUGAGUUUAUUCCAUUUUCAAACACGAAACGCUGGUAUCGUAUCGAAAUUAUAAAGUGAAUGUGUAAAUCAAAGACUAGGCAAUUCGUAUUCUAUCAUCAAUCAUGACUACAGAAUCAAGCAGCAACAAUAUCGAAACUCAAUACUUGGAAAUCAACGCAAACGACGACUGGCCGGCAUUUUAUCAGAAAAUUCGCGUUAAAAGCUCGAAACUAGCUGGACAAUGUACCGAAGCCUUAAAGCCACAAAACAAAAAUCUGAACCGAUAUCGAGAUGUUCAUCCGUAUGACCACAGCCGAGUCAUAUUAAAAAGAGGAUCAACUGACUACAUAAAUGCCAAUUUAUGUAAAGUGGAAAAGGCGCACAGGCAGUAUAUUCUUACACAAGGACCUUUAGUAAACACGGUCAGUCAUUUUUGGCUAAUGGUAUGGGAGCAAGGAAGCAAAGCAGUCCUUAUGUUAAACAAACUGAUUGAAAAGAAGGCUGAGAAAUGUUAUCAGUAUUGGCCUUCUAGUAUUGGAUCGGUGUGUAUAUAUAAUGAUGUUGGAUUGCAACUUGAAUAUUUGGAACAGCACGAUCAUUCAUAUUACCUAACUCGAUUAUUGAGAUUGAAAGAUCUUGAAAGUGGUGAACAACGUGAUAUUCUUCAAUUUCACUACAUCACAUGGCCCGAUUUUGGCGUACCUUGCUCUCCAACAAAGUUUUUGGAUUUUCUAAAGAAAGUCAGAAAAGCGGGAGUUUUAGGAGAAGACGUUGGUCCAGCUGUUGUUCAUUGUUCGGCCGGUAUCGGUAGAUCUGGAACGUUUUGCGUUGUGGAUUCAUGUUUAGUUCUGAUUGAAAAAUAUGGCCUAAAUUCCGUUAAUGUUGAAGAAAUCUUGAUGGAAUUGAGGAAGUAUAGAACUGGUCUUAUACAGACUCAUGAACAACUUAGAUUUUCAUAUCAAGCAAUUAUUGAAGGUGCGAAACAGUUACUUAACCUUGACUCUGAUGGCGAUGAUGAAUCUGAAGAGCAUUCUAUUCACAUACACGAUGAAAGCGAAAUAAACGAAGAAGCGCUGAGUUCGGAAGAAGACAACGAGCCACCGCCUCUACCACCUCCUCGCAGCGACAGUCUUAAACCUGUUGAAAAUGGACUUGCUGAUAGGCCGCUGCCAACCAUCCCACAAAGCGUAUCUGAUGAUAAUCUUACAUAUAAAGGAAACGGCGAUAACAGUAUUGAAGAGAAAUACAUUCCAAGCGGGCCCCUUCCAGGCGUACCUGCAGAAGAAGAUGAAGAAGGAAGUAGUGAAGAUUCGCUCGAAGACGAAGAUGAUGCGGACGAAGAGAAUGAAAAUGAGGACGAUGAUGGCAGCCUUAGAACCGAGAGCCCAUUGUCAGAUAAAGAUGAGACAAGAUCCAAUAUAUCUGAGGUGCGUCAUCGUCGAAGAGUGGAGCGAAAGCAUCACAUGGAAAAGCAGGUGCGAGACAUGAAGAGGAGGCAGCAAGCCAACGAACAAUGGCAGCAUCUCAAGAGGUCUCUAUACGUUCCUUUAAUUGUUGGCUGUGCCACUUUAAUUGGCGGUGGCCUGGUAGCCUACCUUUAUCUUAAGAGCAACUAAACAGAUAAGUUACCAAGCCCUACAAAGCCGCAUUGUAUAUUUGUUGAUAAUUGAUAGUAGAAAAAUUAGUUUUUUUUAUUAAAGUUCUAUUCGUUUUAUCAACAAAAAGCAUAUCUAUACCAUAUUUGAGGGUCGGAUGAUGUUCUCAUUUUGCUUAAAAAGAGACAAACGACUACAUGGCAUGUUUAUAUUCGGUGAGCAAUUAGAGACUAAAAAUUAAAUAAAACAGUUAUUGCACCUCAAUAUUAUUACCAAACUGAUUAGAUUUGCGUGUUUAUCAAUUGAAACAUCGAACUAAGCAUUAUUGCUUUUGGCAUGAUGGUUAUUACUAUCUGUUUUUGCACUGUUUACUAUUAACUCACCCUUCUUAGUUUUAAAUAUCACAUAUUCAUAUAUAAUUUCUGAAACUCAGCCUUUGUAACGAUGGAAAAUUUCAUUAUUUACCAAAAUUAGUAAAAAGUCAGAGCAAUUUUUUCCAAAAAUCUUACUACGAUUAAAUAUAUUCCAUACAAAAUGAAAUAACCAGUAGGUUUAACUUGUUUAAGUUUGUUGCUUCUAAUUGCACCUUUACAUGUAUGGUCCGUAAUAGUUCAUUUGGCUAAAUACAACGUGACAUUUUGUCAAUGUGAAGAAAUAACCGGUUUAAUUUGUUAUCGCUUCUUGUAACAAAUCGACUAGAUCCCAGGAAUUAUGGGAAAAAGUCGUAUGUCGCCCAACUUAUUUAUUGCAAAUGAUCAUUAAAUAUUUUCGAAAGUUUUCUAUAAUCAAAACAAUACAUGUUUGUUUCAUUCAUUCAAGUUCAGAACAUUGUAUUAAUUUAAUUUCUUUAAAUUAAAGUACCUAAAAAGCUGCCAAUAUUCAUGAGUAAUAUAAGAAUUGAGAAUGUCAGGUUUUGCGCUAAGACUGAUGUCAUUAUCACAUAAAAAAUAUAUUUUCGAACUUGAGAUCAGGUGUCACGAACUUUCACUUUAAAUUAACAAAGAAAAUAAUUUAAAAGUAUUUUGCAAAAAGAUAUUUUUCUAUCAGAUCGGAAUUUCAACUGUGUACAAUAAUUAAUGAUGAAAUGUUAAGUGAAUACUGAUCAUUCAGCGAUGUUUGUGGUAAUGAACUACUGGAACGGGAACGUGUACAUAACAUGUAAUACAUAAAAAUUCGUAAAUCAUAGAGACUUCCUACCUAGUUAUAGUAAUAAUAGGGAUGAGUUUACCUGUAUUCAGUUUAAUUAUUAUAUUUUUAUAUUUAUAGUGUAGUCGUAUACGUCUAAUAUUAUUUAGCUUCUUCUUUCUAAUUCCAUUGGAGUCCGUAAGUUGUAGAUCUGCCGUCCUUUGCUGAGUGUCAAACACUUUACGUAAUUUGCUGCUUUCCAUUUAAAGUUUUAAGCUCUCUUGUUUAUUUUUUGCCCAUUUCGGACAGAUAUUGUGUUAUUUCUAUCUCAAGCUUAAUGAAAAUAGGCGGUUUAUUUGCAAUUUAAUAGGUCUAUUGCGUGAGGUUUAUCAUUAGUAUUUUUUUAUUAAUCCCAGCAUUCACAUGUUAUUUAUCUAACUUGCAAAUUAAAUCAAGGAUAUUUUUUCGGCAUGAAGCAGGAUUAAUCGCACUUAGAUUCAACCAUUACGUUAAUCAAACAUGGUGUUCCAUCAAAUCAUCGUAAGUUUUAUCAAAAUUUAUCCGAGUAAGAAAUCAAAUUAAGACAGUGCAAAUCUGGAGGUUCGCUCACCUCAAACACACCCAGGACCGGUUUGCAGUCUAUUAGCUCUCAUCAGCUGGGCAAAAGAGUGUUUAAGUACAGAUCUCGCGGUGGCUGAUUCAGGCUGAAUCCAGCUGAUGAGAGCUAAUAGGCUCGAAACCGGUCCCGGGUGUGCCUGAGGUGAGCGAACCUCGAGAUUUGCACUGUCCUAAUUAUAACUUGAAAGUCCCGUUUUCCCGUAAAUUUAUAGUGUUUUUCAAUAGCAAUUCAUGUCCGGAGAGGUAUAAUCAUCCCUAUGCAUCAUAUGUAUAUUUAAAAGAUCACGUAGCAUAUAAUUGAUAAUCGUAAGAAAUGUGUUUAAUAUUUUGAUCACCGUGACGAAAACAGGGUGUUUCGUAUUAAACUGAAAUUUAUCAAGUCAACUUUCCAAGCAUGAAACUGAGGAUUAUUAAAUUCGCCGUACCUUUAGUUAAGCAUUCCUUUAAAGUGCCUUUUUUACACGUAUUUAUGGUAGAAAAGUUGUAUUUAUAAGUGUUUAGAGUUCUAGCUAAAAAGUGGCAAUCAUGUUAUAAUUUUUAGGCAGUUUUCAUUUGGACCUAAAAAUUUUGUUUCCACUUUAUAUGAUUUUGUUUUCAAAAAUAGUAAAUGUGCUAGAAACUCAAUGACAAUACAGUAUACCGUAUUGCAGGUUUAGAUGCUUGUUUAUGUUAAAGAGUCGAAAAUAUCACAAAAUAAGUAAAAGUUAACCAAUAAUUUUUUAUUAGUAUUUUUUAAAUUUAUUAAAAAAGUGUAUACUUAACUACAUGUAAACAUACGAAGUAUUAUAUCUACUCUUUGUAAUUAUUUGUAACAUUUACGUUGUGAGUUGUCGACCAUUACGCAUUUUUUAUUAGACCAUUUUAUAAUGUUUCAAAUAAAAUAUUUAAAAGCGGAAA